UAUAAUCCUUCUAUCAAGAGCUUGCAAGGACUGCCCUUAGAAGAUGAAGGAGGAGAUUACCAGAUCAUGGUGCUAGUGUCUGGGGACUUCUGUUUCCAGCAAACGCAGACAGCCUCCGUCACCUUUACCCUUCAUGUGCUGGAUAGGGAUGAAGUAAAGGAAGCAAGCUUGAUUCCUUCUCCAAGUGGAGUUUCCAGAGACAUCAUUUAGACAAGGUACAGCCAGUUUGUCUCUCACUAAGUAUGAACUGCUUCACGCAACAAAGAUUCUGAAGACAUGUGCUCUCCAUCCUGAAUCUCAGAAACCCGAGAACAUGUCACCCCCAGGUCAACCCAACACAUCUCCAACAGUUGUUAAUCCAAUUCAACUGAUAACAGCAACUGUCGGGCACAGACUCCAUUUCCCAAUCCAUCCUGACACAUUUUAUGAUCAGGAAGAUGGCAGCUCAACUCAUUUGACACUUGCAAUAAAAUCAGUAAAUGAAUAUCCUUCAGGCUCAGAAAGCUGGCUGCAAUUUAAUUUGACUCAUCAAAUACUAUAUGGAUAUCCCCUAGAACUGGAUUUUCAGUAUUCCCCUCAGGAAUUUAUUCUUCGUGCCACAGAUUCUGGGGGCCUGGCUGCUCAGAUGCUUUUCACCAUUGAACUGAAGCUGCCCAGAAGUACACCCUGCCACACUUACACUCUGCGCACUAAAAACAGUUUCUACUCAUUUAUCAAGAAGAGAGAGAAAAUUAGUUUGUUUUUUGCUAAACUCACUGACUAUCUAAACUCCAGUAGCCCUGAACAAAUUGUAUUAACCACCCUGAGACCAGGGUCUACUAUUAUAUCCUGGUAUAACAGAACCUUAUGUGAAGUCAACGGCAGUUCUCUGAAAAGGUGUCCUAACAGAAAAAUUCAGGAAGUGAUGUUUAAACUAAGAAGACCUGAUGGGAAUGUCCAUCCAAAUUUUGCAUAUGCUAUGUCACCGGAAUACAAAAUUGGCACAAUUGAGAACAUCACAUAUGGUGGAAUCUGCCUUAUUCUGGAGCCAGAUAAUGGGUCGUUAAUUGAAAACAGCAUUCUCGCCUCAUCUAACAUAGAAAAUACCCACUGGAUUAGAAAUCUUAUUUUGGCUUUGUUGGUAAGUAUGUGUAUACUGAUUGUGGCAAUAGCAGCAAGUGUAGCUUACCAUUUCUAUAGGAACUAUAAGACUUUUCUUAUUCCUCAGUCCCUGGUGUUUCAAGGGAGAACCUUAAUAAGUAAUUCAGACCAAGAAAUGUAUGUGCUAAGGCCGAGAAAUCCCCCUAUCCUGGAGUGUGAAGUUCCACCCUCACCUGGAUUAUGGAGACGGACACCAUUGUCUUCUCAACAUCAACCUUACAGAGAAAACGUGACCUCUGCCACAGACACAAGAGUAGUCAAUCUUCCAGCCUUCAAAACGUCAACUCCCAUUCCAUAAUGAAAUGGAUCUCACUAGCCAGAGAAGAAGUGAGUAAUACUAUCAGAAAUCCAAAUGUAUCAACAACUGUAUGAGAAACAGGGAUAACUGAUCUAGAAAGCAGGUAAAAUAAACAAUUGCUGAGUCAAAUUGUAAGAAGAUAAGCAAUAAAUAAUUCAUCCUCCAUGUUAACUGUAUUAACAUACUACCAAUUAAUUCUAAUCACUUAUUUCUCCUUAGAAGCCUGAUGGUCAAUUAUAAAUUUAUGUCACCCAGACCACCACUACCAUAAACAAAUCAUGUAAUCAAUCAUCCAUUAUGGAAAGAAAUUACAUCACUGGCAACAGCAUUUCCAAAUGUAAAAAAUGCUGUAAACUGCCAGCCCAAGAUACUCAUUACAACCUUCAGUAUGAAGGCAUAAAUAAUAUAACUAUAAAUAAUAAAUUCUGCAAUAGGUUAAGGUUUGACUGUGUAUAGGAAAGAAUGAUUAAAUGUUUACCUCUCCAUUGUAUUUUUAAAA